AAUGGAGAAUCCAAUGACGAGUUCUUCUCCCCCAUCGCAUUUUCCAGACGACGAGGGCUCGAAAGAGAGCAACGAUAUCGUCUCCACUGGGCUCAACCACUCGGAAGGGUCCUGCAGCGGCAGCGGCUCACAAUCCGCCCACCAUCCGGAUUUCGCGGAGGAGGCCCUGCAGGCUCCGUUGCCUCGGAGUGAGUCAUCCAGCAAAGCCGAAAAUAACGAGCCGAGACCCGAGGAGGAGCAAAGAACUAAAAGAGGAGGAUGGUCCAAAGGGCGAAAGAGGAAGAAACCCGUAAGGGACAGCAAUGCUCCUAAAUCUCCCUUAACGGGCUACGUGCGGUUCAUGAAUGAGCGGAGGGAGCAGCUUCGAGCCAAGAGACCUGAAGUUCCUUUCCCGGAAAUCACCAGAAUGCUGGGCAAUGAAUGGAGCAAACUCCCUCCCGAAGAGAAACGGCGCUACCUCGACGAAGCAGAUAGAGAUAAAGAGCGUUACAUGAGGGAACUGGAGCAGUACCACAAAACCGAGGCGUACAAAGUCUUCAGCAGGAAAGCCCAGGACCGGCAGAAAGGCAAAUCGCAUCGGCAAGAAGGAGCACGACAGACCGUCCAUGAGCACGAGAAGGAAGCUGAUACCAAGGAACGGUCUAUGUUCGAUAUCCCAAUAUUCACAGAGGAGUUUCUGAACCACAGUAAAGCGCGGGAAGCCGAGCUUCGCCAGCUGCGCAAGUCCAACAUGGAGUUUGAGGAAAGGAACGCUGCCCUGCAGAAGCAUGUGGAAAGCAUGCGCACAGCCGUGGAGAAGCUGGAGGUGGAUGUGAUCCAGGAGCGCAGCCGCAACACCGUGCUUCAGCAGCAUCUGGAGACCCUGCGACAGGCCCUCACCAGUAGCUUUGCCGGAGUCCCGUUGCCAGGAAGUGGCGAGACCCCCACAAUGGACACUAUUGAUUCCUAUAUGAAUAGACUGCACAAUAUUAUUCUGGCAAGCCCACAGGAGAAUGAGACCCUUAUAGCCACGGUCCGGGAGGUUGUAAACCGCCUCGAACGCUAGCGGCCUCUCCCUUACCAGGACCUCUACAGUCAUUAUUGCUAG